AUGACCGACUUCGUUGGUACCUUCAUGGAGACGCGCGCCGGCCAGCUAGAUUCGAGCUGGCAAAUAUCAGCUAGGGAUAAGUUCUCGGAAAGGAGACGUCAGCAACAGGCAUCUACAAAAAUCCACGAACGAACCGAGUCAUUCAGGGCAUUAAUCCGUACGUUUACGAAACAUACCAAGCGCAAUGACCUCGCAAUAUUUGACGUGGACAAGAAUUUUACAUGGAACGACGUGAAAGUGACGGCGUCAGAGGCAAUCGAGCAAGAUAACGCCAAAACAAAAAUGAGGCACAAUCCUUUCCGCGCGGCCGGGCGCUCGUUCCAGCGGAACGCCUCCAAUUUGGAGGUGCUUGUAGAGUUUCUGCCUAAUGGCGACUUUACUGGAAUACUCUGCGGGGCUUUAACCUUUGUAUUUUGUGCGGCUAAGCGCCUCGACGAGGUUCGAAACAAGAUAAUCAGCUGCUUAGAUAGCUUGCCAGACAUUGUCGAAGAGACUGAGGAGUAUGUGGAGAUUUACGACGAUGACCCCAAGGUCUGGAGGGCAGCAGAAGAUCUGUAUCUGGGAAUUCUCGACGGCGUAGAGAGUAUGCUGCUCUGGAUCGAUAAGUCAGCCUUUGAGAGGGCUUUCAAGGCACUCAUGAAACCGGUGACAUUUGGGAAGAAUGUGGAAGAAGACACCAUCAAGCAGAAGAUUGAGGGAAGCGUGGCAAAGUUCCGGAAUGUCGUCCAGAUGAGCUUGAAUAAACACGUCAACAAGUCACUCAAGGCGGUAAUACAUCAACUUAACAGCCAAGUCAAACAAGCUGAUUGGAUCCGUGAAAAUCCGCAAGCAGCGAAACAGAUGAGAACAUCAUUCAUAACUCUCGAUGAACUCCGCGCCAGCAUCGGCUUUGACCCACGCAUCGCUCAGAGAGACAUGGUUACAUCGAUGAUGGACGCUCAGAAAGUCUGUCCACCAGACGUCAUUAACCAUGCAAUGCUGGCGCUCCGCAGCAACAAGUUCACCACUUGGCUACAGUCCAAUAACUCCCAGAUACUAUUCAUCAACGGCAGGAUGAAGUUGAGUUCAGAACAAGAGGCAGCAUCCCCACUCACGAUGCUCGCAUGCGCUCUCGCGCAAGGCGUCGCGAGGCAAUCUGACCGCAGCCUUCCGCUCGUGUAUCUCUGCGGCCAGCACAACCGUCCAAGCGACCCUUAUUCGGGGCUCAGCGGCGUCCUGCGAUGCUGGAGCUCUCUCAUCGCCGAGUCUCUCACACUGCGAGACGUCGAUCUCUCGGCCAUCAACCUGAACUUUAUCGACGGCGUCAGAGCUCAGCGACUUGACGUCCUCUGCAUGCUUUUUCGUCUUUUGGUCUCAGCUGCGACAGACAAGGUCGUCUUUGUCAUCUUGGAUGGGGUAUCGUGGCUCGAGGUGGGCCGUCAUGUUCAGGAGCUGGGGUUGGUCGUUUCGUUCUUGGGGAGUCUUGUCGCUGCGUUGAAUCAACAAAACCACAGAGUUAUUGUCAAGGUGUUGAUCACGAAUCCGACAACGAGUAAUUACGCGAGCCGUUGGCUUCCGAAAGAUUGCAUACUUGAGAUGGAUGAUGUGAGGUGA